UGGUGUGUGUGUUUGUGCGCGCGUGUGUGUGAGUGUGUGUGCGUGUGUGUGUGCGCGUGUGUGUGUGCGUGUGCGUGUGUGAGCGCGAGCGAGCUAGUGAGGGAGAGGAGCGAGAGAGUGCGAGCGAGAAAGAAUAAAAGGAAAGAUUUUUCUCUAUGUAUAUAAAGAUGGCCACGUUAGCAAACGGACAGGCUGACAACGCGAGCCUCAGUACCAACGGGCUCGGCAGCAGCCCGGGCAGCGCUGGGCACAUGAACGGAUUAAGCCACAGCCCGGGGAACCCGUCGACCAUUCCCAUGAAGGACCACGAUGCCAUCAAGCUGUUCAUUGGGCAGAUCCCCCGAAACCUGGAUGAGAAGGACCUCAAGCCCCUCUUCGAGGAGUUCGGCAAGAUCUACGAGCUUACGGUUCUAAAGGACAGGUUCACAGGCAUGCACAAAGGCUGCGCUUUCCUCACCUACUGCGAGCGUGAGUCAGCGCUGAAGGCCCAGAGCGCGCUGCACGAGCAGAAGACCCUGCCCGGGAUGAACCGGCCGAUCCAGGUGAAGCCUGCGGACAGCGAGAGCCGAGGAGGUAGUAGCUGCCUGCGCCAGCCCCCUUCACAAGAUAGAAAACUCUUCGUGGGCAUGCUCAACAAGCAGCAAUCCGAAGACGACGUGCGCCGCCUCUUCGAGGCUUUCGGGAACAUCGAAGAGUGCACUAUCCUGCGUGGGCCGGACGGCAACAGCAAGGGGUGUGCCUUUGUGAAGUACUCCUCCCACGCUGAGGCGCAAGCCGCCAUCAAUGCUCUACAUGGCAGCCAGACUAUGCCUGGAGCCUCCUCCAGCCUGGUGGUCAAGUUUGCAGACACUGACAAGGAGCGCACGAUGCGACGGAUGCAGCAGAUGGCUGGCCAGAUGGGCAUGUUCAACCCCAUGGCCAUCCCCUUCGGGGCCUACGGUGCCUACGCUCAGGCACUGAUGCAGCAGCAAGCAGCCCUUAUGGCAUCGGUUGCACAAGGAGGCUACCUGAAUCCCAUGGCUGCCUUCGCUGCCGCCCAGAUGCAGCAGAUGGCAGCCCUCAACAUGAAUGGCCUGGCAGCCGCUCCUAUGACCCCAACCUCAGGUGGCAGCACCCCUCCAGGCAUCACUGCACCAGCUGUGCCUAGCAUCCCAUCCCCCAUUGGGGUGAAUGGCUUCACCGGCCUCCCCCCACAGGCCAAUGGGCAGCCUGCUGCGGAAGCUGUGUUUGCCAAUGGCAUCCACCCAUACCCAGCACAGAGCCCCACAGCAGCAGACCCCCUGCAGCAGGCCUACGCUGGAGUACAGCAGUAUGCAGGACCAGCUGCCUACCCUGCUGCCUAUGGUCAGAUAAGCCAGGCCUUUCCUCAGCCACCGCCAAUGAUUCCCCAGCAACAGAGAGAAGGGCCAGAGGGCUGUAACCUGCUCAUCUACCAUCUGCCCCAGGAGUUUGGGGAUGCUGAGCUGAUGCAGAUGUUCCUCCCUUUCGGUAAUGUCAUCUCCUCGAAAGUGUUUGUGGAUCGGGCGACUAACCAAAGUAAAUGCUUUGGCCGGCACCCCGUGCCCUCCCGCUGCCAGGCCCCCUCCUGUCAGGGAGGACAGUGUGCAAUAAGCUCCUCCGCCCGCAGCGGCCCCGGGCGGCCCCGUGGAAACCCAGGCCCUGGUCCCUCGUGUCUCGCCAGGCUUCGUGAGCUUCGACAACCCGGCCAGCGCGCAGACCGCCAUCCAGGCCAUGAACGGCUUCCAGAUAGGCAUGAAGAGGCUCAAGGUGCAGCUGAAGCGGCCCAAAGACGCCAAUCGCCCGUACUGAGCGCCGGCGGGAGCGUCCCCCGGGGGAGACCAGGACUCGCACAGGGCCAGUCAAAUCCACCACAGUCUCGCGCUGAGCUAGGAAUAAAGUUCACGUAAUCACAUGAGAGUGGAGAAAAGUCCCCCAUCCGGCAGGAUGCUGAACGGGCUACAUUAAAAACAAACCUCUUUCUCUCUCUAUUUAUAAAUGAGAACUGUUGGAUGACACCUUUGACAUAUCAGCCAAUACCAAUCAAGCUGAAGACUCCAGACACUCUGUGUGACUGUAACAUUUCUUCAAGGAAAGUAUAGCAUCUAUGGAGUGCAGAGGGCACGUGUUUGGGGAAAAAUAUACAAGACAUAAAGAUGACGACGAAGAAGAAAAACGAGAUAAAA